AUAAAAACAAGAAAAAAAAACAUCAAUGGCUUCCCAAACCCAUUCCACAAACCCCAAAUUUCUCAAGUAAAUCUGAGAAAGAAACAUCUCAAUAACCAGAAGAGAGAGAGAAGGAAGAACCACAUCAAGAGAGAGAAAAGGAAGAACCACAAAUUUCUUAAGUGAGAAUCUUAGAGAGAGAGAGGAGAGAACAAGAAGAAGCUAUUUCUUUUUCUUUAGAGAGCAACAAAAAUGGUGGAUGUGAUACCAAAACACAUAAAAGAUGUGUGGGAUAGAUGGAACAUAAGAGGAGCAAUCAUUCUAAGUCUAACCCUUCAAGCAAUUCUCAUUUGCUUCUCUCCUUUAAGGAAACGCACACCAAGAAGCCUCUUGAUCAUACUCGUUUGGACCUCUUACCUCUUAGCAGAUUGGUCUGCUAAUUUCGCUGUUGGUCUCAUCUCCAAGAACCAAGGUAAAGAAUCCAAGCCUGAUGACCCUCCACAGGACAAAAAGCUCAUGGCUUUAUGGGCACCAUUCUUGCUCUUGCAUCUUGGUGGACCAGACACAAUCACAGCUUUUGCUCUUGAAGACAACGCUCUUUGGCUCAGGCACGUCUUUGGGCUUGUCUUUCAGGCGAUUGCUGGUGUCUAUGUGGUUCUCCAGUCUCUGCCCAAUAGCCUCUUGGUAAUAAUUGCCUUAGUUUUCGCUUCUGGGGCUAUAAAGUAUAUCGAGAGGACAACGGCUUUGUACAGUGCGAGUUUGGACAAGUUUAGGGAUUCUAUGAUUCAAGCACCAGAUCCAGGACCAAACUACGCCAAGCUCAUGGAGGAGUACAAGGCCAAGAACGAGGCAAGACUACCCACAAAGAUCAUUCUGAUUGAUGAGCCUGACAAGGAACAUAGGCCUAAGAAGCUAGUGCAUCCAUCAAAGGCCUUGUCUGGAGAAAGAAAAGACUCGCAGCAUCCAUCAAACGGCUCAUCUAGAGGACGAAAAGACACGACAAAGUUGUACCAUCUUGAGAUUGUUCAGUAUGCUUACAGGUUCUUCAACACCUUCAAGGGCCUUGUAGUCAACCUCAUCUUCAGCUUCAGGGAGCGUGACGAGAGCCUAGAGAUCUUUGAGAAUUUGAAAGAUGCAGAGGAAGCUCUGAGGAUCAUUGAGGUUGAGCUUGGUUUCCUCUAUGAUGCUCUAUUUACCAAGAUCGCGGUUCUCCAUACCUUCAUUGGUUCUCUCUCACGGGUUGUUGCUUCUGGUACCCUUGUCGCAGCCUUCAUCCUCUUUCAUAAGAAACCUAACAAAUGGAAAGACUUUCAUGAUGCUGAUGUCGUGGUUACCUACACGCUGUUCGGAGUUGGCCUAGCUUUGGAUUUCAUAUCCAUCCUCUUGUUUAUGUUCUCUGACUGGACGUUUGCUGCACUAACUAGCUUGAAAGACGACCCUGAAGAAGCUCUAUGGUCCCCGUUCCAUAAAGCUUUCAACUGGUUACUUGGUCAAAGAAAGUUGAGUUGGAUGAAGCAAGCGUGCUACGAGAAUGGUGAGCAUAACUGUACCCAAGAAUGUAAGUGUGAGCAAAAGUGUACCCAAGAAUGUAAGUGUGUCAAUGUGCAUGACGUCCUCACGACGCAAUUCUUCCUCCGGAGGUGGUGUGGAAGCAUGAACGUAUUCAACUUUCUAGCUUACGCCACAAAUGCAAAGGUAGAGAGGAUUCAUGACGCCAGGAGUGGGUUCCGCAUUUACUCAUGGAUUAUCAUAGCUUACCCAUUUGGACUAGUCAACUUCGUCAUCCAGAAACUUGGUGAAUGGAUGAUGAAGGGGAUCAGUGUUGUGCACAGGGCGAUCACCCGCAAAGUCAAUGAGACAUCAAGAAAGAAACUUUGGGCUCGUCGUUGUCUUUUCCCUUUCUAUAUCGGGUUCGUAUCCAACAUUCCUCAUGCUACCAAAUCCUUUUGUAAUGGCAUCCUCGAUUUCUUCGACAUCUCGGAUGUGCUUGAUAAGAUCCACAAGAAUCUGUUUGUUCACGGGGAGCCCAUGACGAAACAGCUGUGGGAGUUCAUGUUCGAGGAGCUGAAAACUAAAUCAAAGUUUGGAGACAGUCCUGAAAACGCCAAAAGGAUAUCUUUGGCUCGUGGAGAAUGGACUCUACGAGCUAACCUGCCAGAAGGCGCAGACCGGGAAAAACUGGUGCGUUAUGUCACAAACGUUGAUUAUGAUCAGAGUCUAUUGAUGUGGCACAUCGCAACCGAGCUUUGUUACCAAAACAAAAAAGAGACCAUCCCUAAGGACUAUGAUAAAUCUAAGCAUUACAGUUACCGCGAGUUCAGCAAGAUCAUCUCAGACUACAUGAUGUAUCUCCUGAUCUUGCAACCUGGUCUGAUGUCAGAGGUUGCUGGAAUUGGGAAGAUCAGAUUCAGAGACACAUUGGCUGAAGCUGACAAGUUCUUCCAAAGGAGGCAUAUUGAGAACUAUAGAGACGUGGAGCUAGCCAGCGAGACGAUCCUCGACAUCAGUAGUGAUGUCGAUCCGAUGGGGGUCAAGGGGGAUCGAAGUAAGUCUGUUUUGUUUGAUGCGAGUAGGCUGGCUAAAGACCUUAUGAAGCUGGAGGAGCAUUUUGAGAUAGACAAGUGGGAGAUACUGAGCAAAGUGUGGGUGGAGUUGCUCUGUCAUGCAGCGUGUCAUUGCGAUGCUACGGCUCAUGUGGAGCAACUCACCAGAGGCGCUGAGCUUAUCAACUUCGUUUGGCUUCUGAUGGCUCACUUUGGACUAACAGAUCAGUUCCAAAUCAACAAAGGAGAUGCAAGGGCCAAACUCAUAAUAGGCAAGUGAGAUUCCAAAAAUAAAGAAGACUUUGUUCCAUAACUUUUGCCAUUUCCCGGUAUCUAAUAUUUAUUCUGCAUUGUAUUCCUUCUACCUUCUGCUCAAAAAACCAUAGAGAUGAUGACGUUGUAUGCUUUUGUGGUGAUGGGAUCUUCUGUUGUCUAUUGCACUGUUUUGCUAAACGAUGAACUCUUGCUUCUACUUUCUGAUCAAAAGUCAAAACCAUGAACUCUUUUUUAA